CUCUCUCUCCCCCCGACCAAAGCGGCAUCAACCGUAAGACCCAGACUUCGGACAAGAAGCCAGGAAUCGAGAUUCGAAACCCAUCACGAUAUUGCAGAUCCUAACAGUCUGCCUUCCCCGACACAGAGAGAGAGAGAGAGAGAGAGAGAGAGAGCGAGUUGGAAUCGAUGAUACUUCUGCAAUCUCAAUCAAGAUUUCUCCUUCAGACCUUGCUGAAUCGAGUUCAGAAUCUUGAAAAAGGAGUUGAAUUGGAUUACCACUGGGUUGAGUUUAAUGAUGUUCGCUACCAUAUUCAGGUGUCAAUGAAGAAUUCACACGUCUUGCUGCUGUCAGUGUCAUUACCUACCCCUCCCCCAGAUGCCAUCUUCUUUGGUGGACUUCCUUUUGGAGCUAUUGAAGCAAUAAAAGCUGCGUAUGGUGUGGUUGUACAAAUUCUUGAUCCUCCAAGGGAUGGAUUUAAUCUCACUUUGAAACUGAAUUUGUCCAAACUUCCUCCAGAUGAAGAGUACAGACAUGCUCUUUUGGUUAAGAUUGCAUCUGUGAGGGAAACGGUCCUUGGUGCUCCAUUGAGAGUAAUUCUAAAACAACUUGCUUCAAGGACUGUUGCUUCUAAUAUGGACCGGCUUGUUGCCAUUCUGCAUAGGCCAAACGAGUCUUUUUUCCUUGUUCCUCGGAUAGAAAAGGUGACAGUGGUGUUUCCUAUGAGAUUUAAAGACUCCAUAGAUAUUGUUCUUGCCACUUCCUUCCUGCAGGAGUUUGUGGAAGCAAGGCGUACAACUGGACUCCAUAAUGCUCCUUCUUGUUUGUGGUCUGCAUCUGCUCCUCUAGAACUGAAGGGAGCUCCGGCUGAAGCAUUAUUGGCAAAUGCAGGAUUUGUUACAUUUGUUAUCUUCCCUCGUCACGUAGAAGGCAAAAAGCUGGACCGUACGGUUUGGAGUUUAUCUACGUUUCACGCUUAUGUUAGUUAUCAUGUUAAAAGUGCUUGCUACUAUGUUUGCUCACCUGUUAAAUGCAUGCAGCAGGUGCUCUGGCUAGGGAAGUGCUCUGAGGGUUUUAUGCAUACAAGGAUGCGACGUCGCGUGGAAUCUUUGAUUCAGGCUCUCGAUCGUGCCAAGCCGGAGUUGGAGAGUCCAAAGAAAAAAGUGCAAAGCAGAUCCUUCAAACGACUGAGCCUCAACGAAGCAAGGACCAAUUCAGAGUCAUAGUUGGUACAAGAUGGGUGCUUCUGUUUGGACAGUGAGAAGCCCAUUAGCCGAGGCAUUGCUUGCUAUAUGCAGGGAAGACUACUCCAAGUGCUUGUAUUUUAUUUCCCAAUAUAAAUUAAAAAAAGAAAAAGGAAAGAAAAGCACAUAUUUAUUCAGUUUGCUAAUACGAUACAAUUUUGUUUGUAGUUGGGUUUUUAGUGAACGGUAAAAUGUUACUUUACUUUGUUUAGGUCAAUUUUGGGGUCCAUUAUUUUCUUUCAUUCCAUUCCUGGUUUGAAACAUGAAUUUCACACCCUCUAAUUUUGGACUUUAGACUUGGUGGACUUGUCAUCUCUA